AUGGGUACCGGCAAGAAAGAAGCGACCCGCCGUGAGCGGCAGGGUAAGACGAGCGAUGGCAUGGGCAACGUCCGGACCAAGGGCGAGAACUUCUAUCGCGAUGCGAAACGGGUCAAGUCGCUCAACAUGUUCAAGGACGGCAAGGCGCAAAGAAAUGCUCGGGGAGACAUCACCAAGGCGGCAUCAUACCAGAGCAGGGAGGCACCUGUCGCUCGAGUGGAGCCGAACAGGAAAUGGUUCACCAAUACCCGAGUCAUCUCUCAAGAUGCCUUGAACGCUUUCCGGGGUGCAGUUGAGGCGCAGAGCAAGGACCCAUACAGCUACCUGCUGAAGCAGAACAAGUUGCCCAUGAGCUUGAUCCACGACAACAAGGACAAAGAGCGAAAAGAUGGGUUGAUUCAGCACAAGGCCAAGAUCAAGAUCGAGAGCGAGAAGUUCGUCGACACAUUUGGACCGAAAGCACAGCGAAAGCGACCCCGAUUAGCUGUGGCAAACCUGGAAGAUCUCGCAAAUGCUACUACUCAAGACUACUCCACAUAUGAAGAGCGGCAAGCAGAAGCUCGGAUACUCGCUGGCCUAGGCGAAGAUAAAGAGGCGGAUAACAGUGACAAGCUUGUCACUGACGACGGGGAGAUCACAACGGCAAGAGAGCCGGUAUUUUCCAAAGGCCAAAGCAAGCGGAUAUGGAACGAGCUAUACAAGGUCAUCGACAGCUCAGACGUGGUCAUCCACGUCCUCGACGCACGAGAUCCUCUCGGGACACGAUGUCGCAGUGUGGAGAAGUACAUCCGCGAAGAGGCACCCCACAAGCACUUGCUCUUCUUGCUGAACAAGUGCGAUCUGGUCCCUACCAGUGUAGCGGCCAAAUGGGUCAAACUAUUGUCUCAAGAAUAUCCAACCCUCGCCUUCCACGCAAGCAUGACAAACAGCUUCGGUAAAGGCACGCUCAUCUCGCUCUUACGACAAUUCUCUUCUCUUCACAGCUCGCGAAAGCAAAUUUCUGUUGGCUUCAUCGGCUAUCCGAACACGGGCAAAUCCUCGAUCAUCAACACUCUUCGCAAGAAGAAGGUGUGCACCACGGCUCCCAUACCUGGCGAGACCAAGGUCUGGCAGUACAUCACUCUGAUGAAGAGGAUAUACCUGAUCGACUGUCCUGGUAUUGUGCCACCUUCCAUGGUUGAUACCCCUGAGGACAUUCUGCUGCGAGGAGUUGUGAGAGUGGAGAAUGUGGAGCAUCCUGCGCAAUACGUACCGGCUGUGUUGUCGAAGUGUAAGAGGCAUCAUCUGGAGCGGACAUAUGAGGUGAAAGGAUGGUCCAGCGACGAGAAAGACUUCUCGGAAAAGCCAGAGAAAGAACGGAUAGAAGAGAGCGUCAAGUUCCUCGAGUUGCUCGCACGAAAAGGUGGUAGGCUUUUGAGGGGUGGUGAAGCCGAUCUGGAUGGUGUUGCCAAGAUGGUGUUGAAUGAUUUCCUGCGGGGAAAGAUACCUUGGUUCAGUCCACCUCCAGCCGCUGAUAUGGAGGACAGUAAAGAAGAGGGUCGAGAUGAGAAGCUUGGGUUCACGCACAAGAAGCGGAAGAGGGAGUUGGAAGAGGAGGCAGAGGCUGCGGUUGCUACUAAUGACGGUGAGGAGGAGGAUGACGAAGGGGACAGCGACGAGGGGGACGAGGGGGAUGACGAGGACGGCUUUGAGGGCUUCGACGAUGACGCCGAAGAUGUGGAGGAUCAGGGCGGAGUCGAGGUAGACCCGAACGACAGCGACGAGGAAACUUCGUCAUGA